AUGUCUGAGACUCCUGAAGACCACAAGAAAAGGUUUCAUCAUGAAUAUCAACAAUGUUAUCGAGAAAAUAAGAAAAUAAAGAUAACUGCUAAAACUGAUCAACUUGAAUCAGUAGAUACAGUAAAUUUUCACAAUGGCAUUACUAAUACUCUAACUCCUUCUUUUUUUUCUUCUGUUAGUAAUAUGAUUUAUGAAGAAGGUUCUACUCUUGAGACCCUUACUGCAUAUAUUUCUCCAAUACCUGUUAAUGUUACUAUUUACACUUCAAUCUUUUUAUUAAAAGCAUGUGUAUAUCCAUAA